AGACCAGGCUACCCAAUUUGCCCCUGCAACGACCAACCGACUUCCCGUUCCAUUUUACAACCAAUUUGUAUCGACUUGGCGGCAAUACUUCAAAAUUCUACGCAAAAUCUUUUGACAGUUUAGUGGACAAACUGAAAUGGGUGUUCAAGGUCUCUGGGAUCUCCUGGCCCCCGUGGGUCGCCGCGUCUCCGUCGAAACCCUCGCGGGAAAAAAACUAGCAAUCGAUGCGAGUAUAUGGAUUAUACAAUUUAUGAAAGCAAUGCGAGAUGAAAAGGGGGAGAUGGUGCGGAAUGCUCAUAUUUUGGGAUUUUUCCGUCGAAUUUGCAAGUUACUCUACCUUCGGACCAAGCCAGUAUUUGUAUUUGACGGUGGCACACCUGCCCUCAAGCGUAGAACGGUGAUCGCGCGUCGCCGCCAGCGGGAAAAUGCUCAGGCCAAGAUUAGAAAAACUGCUGAAAAAUUGCUCCUUAAUCAUCUUAAGGCAAUGAGGCUGAAAGAGCUGGCUGGGGAUCUGGAGAACCAGAGGAAGCAGAAUGAUGCAAAGGGUAAAAAGGUUAGCUCAGAAGCAACUGGAACUGUGAAGAACGAGGCCGAAGGAAAUGGCUUGGCUGCAGAGAACUAUGAUAAGGAAGCACUGGAUGAGAUGUUGGCAGCUUCUAUUCAAGCAGAGGAAGACUGGAAUUUUGCUGAUGAUGCAUCAACAUCUUGUGCUGGGAAUCCUGCUGAAAAUGAUAACACCGAUGAAGACGAAGAGAUGAUACUGCCAGCAAUGCAAGGAAAAGUUGAUCCUUCUGUUUUAGCUGCUUUACCUCCAUCGAUGCAGCUUGAUCUUCUUGGUCAGAUGAGGGAGAGAUUGAUGGCAGAGAACAGACAAAAGUAUCAGAAGGUCAAGAAGGUUCCUGAAAAGUUCUCAGAACUGCAAAUACAAGCUUAUCUGAAAACUGUUGCUUUCCGACGCGAGAUAGAUGAAGUGCAGAAAUCUGCUGCUGGAAGGGGAAUAGGUGGUGUGCGGACUAAAAGGAUUGCUUCUGAAGCAAAUAGGGAAUUUAUUUUCUCCUCAUCGUUUACUGGGGACAAAGAUGUCCUUGCGUCUGCUGGGGAAGAUCACACCAGAAAGAAGCCAAGUGAAGUACAAACAGAAAAUAGUUUGCCAAAUUCUGCGACUGCAAGUGAUGCUGCAACAAGGAAAUCUAGUGUGCUAGAAUCAAUCGUGACUGAACCUGGAAGUGCAUUUAAUGAUGACGUGGAGACGUAUCUGGAUGAGAGGGGUCAUCUUCGAGUCAGCAGACUGAGAGCCAUGGGUGUUCGCAUGACUCGAGAUUUACAGAGAAAUUUAGAUAUGAUUAAAGAGAUUGAGGACAAAGAUUUUAGUGAUGUGCCUACUGUCAGUGACACUGCUGUACAUUCCCCUGGAAAUGUAUCUGAUACAAUUCCGCAGCUGAACUCAUCCAAUCCAGAUAAUGAUGGGAAGGUUUGUUCAAACAACAAAAGUGAAGAGUCUGAGUUGAAAAGCGGGACUUCAAUUCAGAUAUCUUUUGAAGAUAAUUUUGCACAUGAUUGUGCCAAUGAUGAUGAUGAUAUAUUUGCACAUUUAGUGGCAGGUGAUCCAGCGAUGGAAUUUUCUAUUGAUCAUUCCCUCUCAAAAAAGCAGUCUCUGGAUUCUGCUUCGGAUGUUGAGUGGGAGGAAGGAGUGAUUGAAGAGAAAUAUGACUUGCUAAGCAAUAACUCUCAAGGGGAAAGCCAGGCUACACUGGAGAAAGAUGGCAUAGAUGAUGAGGUUGAAGUAGAAUGGGAAGAAGAAUGUGUAGAUAUUUGCAAGGAGCCUUCCUUAUUUCCAUUUGAUUCAAGAAUUGCUUCUAAAGGUGCUUUGGAAGAAGAAGCGAAUUAUCAGGAAGCAGUAAGGAGGAGUCUUGAGGAUUUGAGAGAUCAUAGGUGCAUAGAUAAAUCUCAUGAGAAUGAGAUGUCUGAAGAAGCUGUUCAAAUGGUUACUCAGGGUAUAAUUAUUGGAUCUGAUGGUCAAGAUAACAAUUGUCCAAAGUCGUAUGAAAUUCUUCAACAGAAAGAAUUACCAUCUGAAAUUCAGACUGCGCACUUGCAUGAUACUGUACAUGAGACGGAUAUUGCGGAGGGUAAUAACUGUUUGGGAAACCAGUUAGGGGAACAAUUUCAAGCUAAUUCUGGUUAUAGAAAUAUGCAGAUUGAAGAAGCAACCGAUCAAGCUGACAGAAAUUUGCAUUGUGAUAUACGUAUGGGACCGACUGCUCCUCUUGAUGGGUCAGAGGUUAGCAUGAUUAGGAAGAAGAUAGCUGAUACCACUGUUGAAGUUUCGAGUAACACAAAAAGUGCGCCAGAUGUUACUUCUAUAGAACAAGCAAGAUUUAACGAAUUGCCCAAUGCAAGAACCUCUGAUGCUCAACAAUAUGAAUCUGGAGCUGCCUCACAUCAUUAUACACAUGAGUCCACAGAACUCGCCAAAGCUUUCACGGAGGGUUUCAUAAGUGAUACAAAUAGUGCACAAAAACUAGAUGAUGAAGGUACUUGUGAUGACCCAUUAUUGGAAGGGAAGGAUCUCUUUGGCAAUUUGGAUUCUGCAGGUAGCAAAGAAGAUCAAAAGGUUAUGAUGACUAGUUUGGAGGAGGAGAUGCAUGUGUUGGAUAAAGAGCGUGAAAAACUAGGAGAUGAGCAGAGAAAGCUUGAGCGUAAUGCAGAGUCUGUAAGCUCUGAAAUGUUUGCAGAGUGCCAGGAGUUGCUUCAAAUGUUUGGCUUGCCAUAUAUAAUAGCUCCAAUGGAAGCUGAAGCUCAGUGUGCUUACAUGGAACUUACAAAUCUUGUUGAUGGUGUGGUCACUGAUGACUCUGAUGCGUUCUUGUUUGGUGCUCGAAAUGUGUACAAGAACAUAUUUGAUGAUCGCAAAUAUGUGGAGACAUACUUUAUGAAGGAUGUGGAGAAUGAGCUUGGGUUGGAUAGAGAAAAAAUAAUUCGUAUGGCAUUGUUCCUUGGGAGCGAUUAUACUGAAGGAGUGAGUGGGAUUGGUAUUGUUAAUGCCAUUGAAGUUCUAAAUGCAUUUCCUGAGGAAGACGGUCUUCAGAAAUUUCGGGAGUGGGUGGAAUCGCCAGAUCCGUCCAUUCUUGGGGGGCUUGAUGCACAGGCAAGUUCCAGCACUAGGAAGAGAGGGAGUGAAGUUGGUGAUCCUGAUAUGAGUUGCUCAAGCAGCAAUGUGGAAGGCAAUUCCGCGUCUGAUGAAAAUGUCAAGUCUGAGGAUAGAGUUCAAAAGUUGAAGCAGAUUUUCAUGAAUAAACAUAGAAAUAUUAGUAAAAACUGGCAUAUUCCUUCCUCGUUUCCGAGUGAUGCUGUGAUUUCAGCAUAUGCUUCUCCACGGGUUGACAAGUCAACAGAGCCUUUUGCAUGGGGGAAGCCUGAUGUUUCUGUGCUUCGCAAAGUUUGUUGGGAGAAAUUCGGUUGGAGCAGCCAGAAAGCAGAUGAAUUGCUAGUACCGGUUCUGAAAGAGUAUAACAAACAUGAGACACAACUUCGACUGGAAGCCUUCUACACUUUCAAUGAGAGAUUUGCAAAAAUUCGUAGCAAGAGGAUAAAAAAGGCUGUUAAACAUAUGACAGGAAACAACUCCAUGAAUUUAAUGGAUGCAAGUGUACAAGAUGCUCCUGGCACCUUUAAAAAAAGAGAAUUAAAAUUUAAUAAUGUGGAGGAGGAAAAGAUAGAGGAUCCUUUGAUGGGACUAGAGUCUGCUGGUGCUGAUUAUGAGGAGACUAAAACAAAAAGAUCAGUUGGAAAGCAGUCAAGAAAAAGGAAAGGAGAGCAUUUGCAGCCUGAACAUUUGGAGCCACCAGAGGGAUCAGGAAGCAAGCAAAACACCAAUAAGAAAUCAAGUGGUGGUAUAGGAGGAGGAAGGAAAACAGCUCGAUCUGCGGGGAAGGCAAGUAAGAAAUCCUGUUCCAGAUCCUUCAAAACAAGCUCUGAGGGGGAAAAAGAUAAUGAUAUAGAGCAACAAUCACAAAUUGAGAAGCUUGAAAAGCCAAAGCAAGCAAGAAGAUCAGAGCGUCAUCGGAAAAUAGUAAAUUACAGUGAGGGAAGAGAUGAUGACUCUGAUAAAGUUGACAAAGAUGAUGGAGAUUCUAUUACUGACAAGUUGGAAAGGAGAGAAUCAGGAGCAGAUGUGGGCAUAGCUGAGCGUUGUCCUGAUGAUUCUAGCAACAUGACUGAGAAUGAUGUAAGUAAUGAUUACUGUCCAGAAGGACUGUCAAACCCUGAAACAAGUGCUGAUGUCGACACGGGUGGGGCAGAGAUGGAAUCCGCUGUUCAGCCAAGUUUUGGUGAAAUGGACGAUCCUGUUCCUGGGAAUCUUUUGUCUAAUGAGUACCUUAAAAUGGGGGGUGGGUUUUGCUCAGAGGAAGAUGAUGGAGCUAUGGAGCAUGAGAUAAAUGCGUCUAGUCCUAUCCUAUCAGUUGAGUGUUCUGAUAUUAAUAAUUCCUCUCAGCUUUUGGGAGAUGAGAUUUGUGGUACUGCUUCAAACCAGUUUCUUUCUAGCCCCUCAGCGAAAACAAGUAAGAAGCAAUGUGAUGCAAGGAUAGGUGCAUCUGAAAACGAGCAAGAUUUAGACAACGCGACUAAUAGUACUUGUCACAAGGUAUCAUCGUACCAAGAAAAUACGGAGGACAAUGAUUAUGUUCUUGGUUCGGUGUUUCUUCGUGCAAUGCCAAAUUUGAGGAAGCGGAAGAAGAAUAGCUGACGGUGUCCGUGCUGCUGUAGGGUAAUCCUUGUAUAUGAAGUAGCUUAGCAUGUUCCUAUUAAACGUUUCGCAUUAAAUGCCUGUGACCCGUGGGACUUCCCACCUUGUAUAAUUUUUGUAUAAGCGAAUUAAUUAUUAACUCCAUCCUUCUUGCAACAA